AUGGAAGAACUUUUGACACACUCUGAUCAGCAUUUUUGGUCCUUUCUGCCUGCAGGCCUGAAGACAAUUGUAGGGGCCCUCAUUCAAUCUGUGAAGAAGCUCUCAGAUGUCAUGAUCCUGACCGUGUUUUGUCUGAGUGUAUUUGCACUAAUAGGGCUCCAACUUUUCAUGGGGAACCUGAGGCAUAAAUGCUUGCUGUGGCCAUUGGACAAUUCUACUUUAGAAGGAAACAUCACUUCCCACUUCAAUAGCACGGAGGGAGACAAUGAUACCUUUGUAAAUAUGACAGUGACCACUUUUAACUGGGAGGAAUACAUUGAGGAUGAAAGUCAUUUUUAUGUUUUGGAAGGACAGCGAGAUGCACUUCUUUGUGGUAAUAGCUCAGAUGCUGGCCAAUGCCCAGAAGGAUACAUGUGUGUAAAAGCUGGUAGAAACCCCAACUACGGCUACACAAGCUUUGACACCUUCAGCUGGGCCUUCUUGUCACUCUUUCGGCUGAUGACUCAGGACUUCUGGGAAAAUCUUUACCAACUGACUCUACGUGCUGCUGGCAAAACGUACAUGAUCUUUUUUGUCCUGGUGAUUUUCUUGGGUUCUUUCUACCUGAUCAACUUGAUCCUGGCUGUUGUUGCCAUGGCUUAUGAAGAGCAGAAUCAAGCCACCAUGGAAGAAGCUGAGCAGAAAGAGGCAGAGUUCCAACAGAUGCUGGAACAGCUGAAAAAACAGCAAGAAGAGGCUCAGACAACAGCAGCUGUGGCAGCAGCAUCAGUAGCAUCCAGAGAUUUCAGCGGCGUGGGUGGAUUGGGGGAGCUCUUGGAAAGUUCUUCGGAGGCAUCUAAAUUAAGCUCAAAGAGUGCCAAAGACAGAAGGAACAAAAGGAAAAAAAAGAAGCAGAAAGAGCUCUCGGAAGCAGAAGAUAAGGAAGAAGCAGAGAGGUAUCCUAAGUCUGAAUCGGAAGACAGCAUCAGAAGGGGAGGUCGCUUGUCCUAUGAAAAGAGAACCUCAACUCACCAGUCUUUGCUGAGCUUUCGUGGCUCUCUGUUCUCCCCGCGGCGCAACAGCAGAACAAGUAUUUUCAGCUUCCGAGGGAGAGUGAAGGAUAUUGGGUCAGAGAAUGACUUUGCUGAUGAUGAACACAGUACUCUGGAAGACAAUGAGAGCAGGAGAGAUUCUCUCUUUGUUCCAAACAGACAAACAAGUGAGCGUCGCAACAGUACUACCAGUCAAAUCAGCCUGUCAUCAAAGAUGGUGCCGGUGCUUCCUGCAAACGGAAAGAUGCACAGCACAGUGGAUUGCAAUGGUGUUGUUUCCUUAUUGGGAGGACCUCCUGCUCUCCCUUCACCUACUGGACAAUUUUUACCAGAGGGCACAACAACUGAAACAGAAAUAAGAAAAAGAAGAUUAAGUUCUUAUCAAAUUUCGAUGGAGCUGAUGGAAGAAUCUGCAGCAAGGCAGAGAGCCAUGAGUAUAGCCAGUAUCCUAACAAAUACUAUGGAAGAACUUGAAGAAUCUCGACAGAAGUGUCCACCGUGCUGGUAUAGAUUUGCAAAUGUUUUCUUGAUCUGGGAUUGCUGGCUCCCUUGGUUAAAAGUAAAGCACAUCGUCAAUUUGAUAGUGAUGGAUCCAUUUGUCGAUCUUGCCAUUACUAUCUGUAUAGUUUUGAAUACACUGUUUAUGGCCAUGGAACAUUAUCCAAUGACUUCUGAUUUCUACCAAGUACUUUCAGUGGGAAACCUG